AUGAGCGGCCCUGGCGAAAACAGAUGGCGCGGCGGGCCCAGUCGCCAAUCAUCGCAACGCCACUCCAACAAUGGCAACCGGGGAGGUCCUCGCAAUGAAAAUGCGUCUCCUGCUGCCUCUGGGCCAGCACAAGAACAGCAUGUUCCCGUUCGGGGCUUCAAUGCUGCGGAGGCCAAGUGCCUUCUGAAGAGAGCCCCUGGAGAAUCGAAAGCUACUUUCUACAAGCCCGCCGGAAAGGACAACAACCAACGAUCUGGUAGCCCUUGGGGCUCGAAGCAGAAUACCAUGGCGAACGGGAAGGACUUCUUCCUCGAGCUUCGGAAACAAGUCGCUUCGUUGCAACGAACGGGCCCUCCUGUCGGCGGCUGA